GUUCAGACCAGCUCUGGCCGGACAGAACAGAGUUGCUCAUCACCUUUCGGGCUUUCUUUAGUUCACUUCCUCUGUCAAAAUGUCCUCUUUUGAUCCCAACGACCCCGAUUUCCAGUAUCUUGCGGUUGACCGCAAGAAGCUGAUAAAGGAACUAAAAGGGACCUUUGAUGCCAAGAAGGCAUGUUGGGCCCCAGAUGAGCAAGAGGGGUUUGUUUCCGCGGAGAUACAGGAGACCUCAGGAGAAAAACUCACCGUCAAAAUAGUGGACUCGAAUGAGGUCAAAACUUUCAAGGCCGAUGAAAUUCAGCAAAUGAACCCACCCAAGUUUGAGAAAUAUGAGGACAUCGCCAACCUCACCUAUCUGAACGAAGCCAGCGUCCUCUACAAUUUAAGAUCCAGAUACACCGCCGGCCUGAUCUAUACAUAUUCCGGCCUGUUCUGUAUCGCCAUCAACCCCUAUAGGCGUCUCCCCAUCUACGUUCAGUCAAUAGUAGACAAAUAUAGGGGUAAGAGGAAGACCGAGAUGCCUCCUCACUUGUUCUCAGUCGCUGACAACGCCUACCAGUUCAUGGUGCAAGAUCGUGAAAAUCAGUCCAUGUUGAUCACCGGUGAAUCUGGAGCUGGUAAGACUGAGAACACCAAAAAGGUCAUCGCCUACUUCGCUUUGGUAGCUGCAGCAAGCGACAAAAAGGAAGAAACGCCGAAGGAAGAAAAAAAGGGGUCCCUCGAGGAUCAGAUCGUUCAGGCUAACCCUGUACUUGAGGCCUACGGUAACGCCAAGACGUCCCGUAACAACAACUCCUCCAGAUUCGGUAAAUUUGUUCGUAUCCACUUCGCAAGCUCUGGCAAAAUCUCUGGUGCUGAUAUUGAAACAUACCUGCUGGAAAAGUCUCGUGUAACCUACCAGCAGUCGGUUGAGAGGAACUACCACAUCUUUUACCAGAUGCUUUCUGGAGCUGUGCCAGAGAUUUUGGAAAUCAGCUUGACAAAGAAUGACGCUGGUCUGUACCCCUUCAUCAACCAGGGUGUCCUCACAGUCAACGGCAUCGACGAUGUUGAGGAGAUGCAAAUGACACAUUCUGCCUUCGAUGUCCUGGGAUUCACUCCGGAAGAAAAAGUGAGCUGUUACAAGUGCACUGGCUCUAUCCUCCACAUGGGUCAGAUGCAGUUCAAGCAGAAGGGUGAACAGGCUGAGCCUGAUGGAACUGCUGAGGCUGAGAAGGUUUCCUUCCUGUUGGGUGUCAAUAACGGUGAUUUCCUGAAGGCUCUGUGUAAACCCAAGAUUAAGGUGGCCAUGGACUACGUCAUUCAGGGCAGGACAAAGGCACAGGUUGUCUACUCUGUUGGUGCCCUUGCUAAAUCUCUCUUUGAUCGCGUCUUCAACUGGCUGGUCAAGAGAGUUAACCACUCACUCGAUACCAAGAAACCGAGACAGUUCUUCAUUGGCGUGCUGGAUAUUGCUGGAUUUGAGAUCUUUGAGUUCAACAGCUUUGAACAGCUGUGUAUCAACUACACCAAUGAGCGUCUGCAGCAGUUCUUCAACCACCACAUGUUUGUGUUGGAGCAGGAAGAAUACAAGAAGGAAGGCAUUGUCUGGCAGUUCAUUGACUUUGGCAUGGACUUGCAGGCCUGCAUAGAACUCAUUGAAAAGCCCCUGGGUAUCCUGUCAAUUUUGGAAGAAGAGUGCAUGUUUCCUAAGGCCAGUGACAAAACCUUUAAAGAUAAACUGACGGAGAACCACAUGGGCAAAUCUCCAAACUUCCUCAAGACAAACAAGUCAAUGAAGGGAGGUCAACACGGUGACUUCGCCCUGAAGCACUACGCUGGUACAGUUCCCUACAACAUCGGAGGCUGGCUGGAGAAGAACAAGGACCCUGUCAACGAGACCAUUGUGGAUCUCCUGAAACAGUCUAAAGAGCCACUUGUGCAGCUGCUCUUUGCUCCAGCUGGAGGAGAUGCUGCACAAGCUUCUGGUGGUAAGAAGAAGAAAAAGAGCUCUGCCUUCCAGACCAUCUCUGCCACUCACAGGGAAUCCCUGAACAAGCUGAUGAAGAACUUGUACACAACCCACCCUCACUUCGUGAGAUGUAUCAUUCCCAACGAAACCAAAACACCAGGCUUGAUUGACGCUGCCCUUGUGCUCCACCAGCUCCAGUGUAACGGCGUACUUGAAGGUAUCCGUAUCUGCAGGAAGGGAUUCCCCAGCAGGAUCAUCUACUCAGAGUUUAAACAGAGAUACUCAAUUCUGGCUCCUAACGCUGUUCCUGAGGGCUUUGUGGAAGGCAAAAUUGUUUCCGGUAAAAUCCUAGAAGCACUUGAGCUUAAUAAGGAAGAAUACCGUCUCGGCAACACCAAGGUGUUUUUCAAGGCUGGUGUCCUUGGUUACCUCGAGGAAAUCCGUGAUGAGCGACUGUCUGUUGUUGUAGCCCUGUUCCAGGCCCACAUCCGAGGCUACCUGAAGCGCAAAUUCAUCAAAAUGCUUCAGGACAAAAGAACUGCCCUUGAGAUGAUCCAGAAGAAUAUCCGUAAGUGGUUAGCAAUGAGGAACUGGCUCUGGUGGAGAUUUUACACCAAGGUCAAGCCACUUCUCAGCAUUCAAGCCGCUGAAGAUGAGAUGAAACAGAAGGAAGAAGAACUGGCAAAGACAAAAGAAGAACUUCAAAAAAUGACGGAGAGGUGUAAAGAACUUGAAGAAGCAAACGUUGUUCUUCACGAUGCCAAGAACGACUUGAAAGUGGAAGUUGAGACCAAACAAGACACCAUAGAUGAUUGCGAGGAAAGAAUCGAGCAACUGCUUCAGACUAAGGUUGAAAAUGAAUCACAGAUUAAGGAACUGGAUGGCCGGGUUGCUGAGGGAGAAGCAGAGAAUGCCAAACUAUUGGAUAAGCAGUCAAAGCUCGAAGGUCAAAUGGACAUUAUGGAAAAAGACAUUAUCGACCUUGAGAACAGUCUUACCCAGGCAGAAAAUAAUUCCAAAACCAGAGGAGACCAGAUCAAGACCUUACAAGAAGAGAUGACAAAACAAGAUGAUGCUAUUGCCAAACUGUCAAAGAAUAAGAAAGAACUUGAGGACCAGUUGCAGAAGACUGAGGAUGAUCUUCAGUCAGAGCAAGAUAAAAACUCACAGCUCAACAAACUCAAGCAAAAGCUGGAAACAACUCUUGAUGAAUUUGAGGAGAACCUUGGACGUGAGAAAAAAGUGCGGGCAGACGUGGAGAAGGCCAAAAAGAAGCUGGAACAAGAUCUGAAGUCAUCCCAAGACGCUUGCUCUGAGUUGCAGCGUGUCAGAGCAGAGCUCGAAGAAACAGUUAAGAGGAAGGAGAAGGAAAUAUCCAGUCUGAAAUCUGACCUGGACGAUUCCGACAACAAGGGUAACCAGCAGCAGAGGAAGAUCAAGGAGCUCACAGCGAACAUUGAUGAGUGUCUUGCUGAGCUUGAGAUGGAGAGACAAAACAGAUCCAAGGUCGAAAAACAACGGCAAGAGCUGUCCCGAGACGUGGAAGAACUAUCCAUCCGCCUGGAAGAGGCAGGAGAGGACACAACAAGCCAGGCUGAUGCCAACAAGCGCCUGCAGGCUGAGAUCAACAAGCUGAAGAGAGACCUGGACGACAGUGUAAUGCAGGCUGAAGCCCAGGUCAGCUCUCUGCGCAAGAAGAACCAGGACGUUUCCAAUGAUCUUAGCGACCAGAUUGACGCAUUACAGAAACAUAAAGCAAGGUACACAGGGAUCAGAAAAGAGAAGAAUCAGAUGAAGGGAGAGAUGGAUGAUCUGGAGUCGGAACUGGAGAAUGCCAAGAGGAACAAGGGCGGAAUGUCGGACGCAGCUUCCAGACAGCUGCAGGGCCAGCUGUCUGACCUGACAUCUCAGCUGGAGGAGUCUUCUCGUAACAUCACUGACCUCCAAAGCCAGAGAAACAGACUUCAGGGUGAAGCUUCUGACCUCAACCGCCAGGUGGAAGACGCUGAACGUAGGGCUCAACACCUUUCUCGGGAGAGGGCGUCCCUUCUGGCCCAGGUGGAGGAGUCAAGACGCAGUGCAGAUGAAGAACAGAGGAUGCGCCAGAAAGGCCAAGCCGAGCUCCGCAACCUGAAUGCUGAGAUGGGAGGGGUUCGUGAUCAGCUGAUCGAAGAACAGGAGAGGUGUGCUAGCCUGGAGCGACAGUUGUCGAAAAGUAACAGUGAGAUGCUGCAGUGGAGGUCCAGGUUCGAGACUGAGGGCAGUGUCAAGGUGGAGGAGUUGGAAGAAAUCAGGCGUCGCAUGCAGUCCCGUCUGAACGAGGCUGAACAGAAUUUGGAAAGUGAGCGUACCCGUUGUUCUGGGUAUGAGAAGGUGAAGAUCAGGAUGCAGUCCGAGAUUGACGACCUAGCACUUGAAUACCAGAGGGCCCAGACUGCUGUCAACAGUUUUGAGAAGAAGCAGCGUAACUUUGACAGAUUAGUACAGGAGUACCAGAGCAAGAUCGCCGACCUCAAAGCUGAACUGGAAGUGUCUCAGAAAGAGUCACGGGGCUACUCUGCCGAGCUGUACCGCACAAGGAGCAAGGUGGAGGAUAUGGAUGGCCAAAUGGAUUCACUGAGGAGAGAGAACAAGAAUCUCUCAGAGGAAGUGGUCAUUCUCAGCAACCAACUCAGUGACGCUAGCCGGACUCUAGCUGAAGUCGAGAAAGUUAACCGACGCAUUUCUACAGAGAAAUCCGAUCUUCAGACUGCAUUGAUAGAGGCUGAGGCAGCCUUGGAGCAGGAGGAGGCCAAAAUUGUCCGCGCACAGCUCGAAAUCUCUCAGGUCCGCGCUGAAGUUGACAAACGCGUUGCUGAGAAGGAAGAAGAAUUUGAAAAUCACCGUCGUAACUUCCAGCGGUCCAUGGAUAACCUCCAGAAUUCCUUGGAUGCUGAAAACAGGUCCAAGGCGGAGUACAUGAGGAUCAGGAAGAAGCUUGAGAGUGACAUCAGUGAUCUCGAGAUAGCUGUUGACAAUGCUAACCGGGCCAGGAUGGAGGCGGAGAAUGCAUGCAAGAGAUAUCAGUCUCAGAUGAAGGAUCUACAGAUGCAGGUCGAGGAGGACAACAGGGCCCUCCAGGAGGCCCGGGACUCCUUCCAGACAGUGGAACGUCGUUCUAUCACCAUGAAGGACGAGAAUGAUGAAAUGCGUACAGCUCUCGAGUCUUCAGAGCGAGCACGAAAAAUGACUGAAAACGAAUUGAUCGAGGUUAGCGACCGUGUGAACGAGUUGAGCUCCCAGCUUAGCUCGGUCAGUACGCAGAAGAGGAAACAGGAUGUCGACAUAUCUGCAAUGCAGUCUGACCUUGAUGAAAUGACUUCCGACCUGAGAGCGGCCCAAGAGAACUACAAGCGUGCUAUUGCUGACGCCACUCGUAUCUCUGACGAGCUCCACUCGGAGCAGGAACACAGUAGCACUAUUGAGAAAGUAAAGAAGGGUUUGGAGAAUCAGGUCCGAGAACUUCAGACACGACUUGACAGUUCAGAUUCCCACAGGUCCAAGUCAGACACUUUGACCAUUCAGAAACUGGAACAGCGGGUACGCACGGUGGAGAUCGACUUGGAGAAGGAACAACAACGUCACGCCGAGACCACCAAGAACUCCAGACACUUCGAGCGUCGCAUGAAGGAGCUGACCUUCCAGAUCGAGGAAGAGAGGAAGAACCAAGAGAGAAUGCAAGAUGUCCUGGACAAGCAGAACGCUAAGAUCAGAUCCAUGAAGACACAGGUUGAGGAGGCUGAGGAGAUUGCGGCAGUCAACAUGGGACGUUACCGCAAAGCACAGCAGGAGCUGGAGGACAGUGAUGCCAGGGUCAACAUUGCUGAAGGCGCCCUGGAGAAGAUGAGAUCCAAGAGUCGCACUGUGACCAGCAUGUCCUAUGAUAUAUAAACAUCUAGAUCUGCAGUUACCUCCCCACCACUGCGUGAUAAUGAAGGUCCUAUAAUGACGGACUUGAGGCGGAGCCAUGCACUAGUGAUGUUUCGUGACCUUAAGCCCUCAAACCUGUAAGCGUGGGUAGGAAGGCUCUGGAUCUGAUCAAAGCGCUCUGAAAGCAUAGACUUGACAACAUGCAUAUCGACAGCGAGAUCAAUAAGCGGGUUGUCACCUCGGUCAGUGAUUUGCUACUAUAUCCCAAAGGACCAGUGAAGCUGCAUAUUCCAUUACGCGGAUAUAUACAUGGUUAGGGCUGUAAUGCUGCGCAUUCCAGCACAAUCACAGGCUUACUCUUCCAUGUUCCUAUAUCAAAUCACUGGGUGAGGCGGGACAUACAGCUACUUCAAACUUCUUGACAAAAAUGACCUUGACUGUGAUAACUGGCACGGAUGGUCUGCAUAGUGCUGCUUUUUCUAACCAAACAUCACAUAGUUAGGGCCGCAUUGCUAUGCCUUCCAGCACCGACCAAACUGAAAGUUCUUUAAUUCUGUUAUGUUCAGAAACGAAACGUCUAGCAAGACUCGUAAAGAUGGACCGUCCCGCACCGAUAUUACUGAUACCUUAAAAGUUAUAAUUCUUCUGUGCAACUGCGGAAAUAUGAAACAUCGGUGUGGCCAGGGUCGCGAGGUUUGCUGCUGUAUACAGACAUUUCCUCAGCCAGUGGUGCCGCGACAAACGCUGAUGACGUCAGGCCUGCAGCCCCUGAUCGAGGUUGGACAACCUAUUGGUCGAGCACUCAUGACCAAUGAUUCGCAUAACAUCAUUCAGUGGUGUUACCAUAUGAAAUGGUAACAUUACAUUUAUAAGUAGGAGAUAUAUAAAUGGUAUAUAUGAGAGCGUGAAACAUCAGAGAUCAAAUCAUGUCUUAUUUAUUAGGAACUGUGUUGUGUUUGUAUAUACAUUAUCCAGUAUCCUUGAACCCGAGUUCAGAACCUGGAAUAAAAUAUAUCAAUAUACA